GCGCCGCUGGAGGAGCGCGCGGCCGCGAGCGACCGAGGGAGGGAAGGGAGGAAGAGAGGGAAGAGGGCGUGCGGCCGCGGGGUCCCGAAGCCAGGCGGCAGCGGCAGGAGGGCGCCAGGGCCGUCGAGUGGGCCGGGGAGAAGCGUGCACCGGGCGGCCGGCGCUGGCUCCCGCGGGCGGGAGACCGGAGAGGAGGAGGAGGGGGUCGCUGCGGCGCGGCAGCCCGCGCAGCUCCCGGGUCGGGGUCUCCUCCCGGCGCUUCGGUCGCCCUCGGGGCCCCGCUCCCCGCCCCCCGCGGUAUGUCUUGAUCGCGAGCGGCGGGUUUCAUGGGGCUCCUCAGGAUUAUGAUGCCGCCCAAGUUGCAGCUGCUGGCGGUGGUGGCCUUCGCCGUGGCGAUGCUCUUCUUGGAGAACCAGAUCCAGAAGCUGGAGGAGUCCCGGGCGAAGCUAGAGAGGGCAAUUGCAAGACACGAAGUCCGAGAGAUUGAACAGCGCCACACGAUGGACGGCCCUCGGCAGGAUGCCACUCUGGAUGAAGAAGAAGACAUCGUCAUCAUUUAUAACAGAGUGCCCAAAACUGCAAGCACCUCGUUCACCAAUAUCGCCUAUGACCUGUGUGCAAAGAAUAGAUACCACGUUCUUCACAUCAACACUACCAAAAACAACCCAGUAAUGUCAUUGCAGGAUCAGGUGCGCUUUGUAAAGAAUAUAACCAGCUGGAACGAGAUGAAACCAGGCUUCUAUCACGGACACAUAUCUUACUUGGAUUUUGCAAAAUUCGGGGUGAAGAAGAAGCCGAUUUAUAUCAAUGUCAUCAGGGACCCUAUUGAGAGGCUAGUUUCCUACUAUUACUUUCUGAGGUUUGGAGAUGAUUACAGACCGGGACUAAGGAGACGGAAACAAGGAGACAAGAAGACCUUCGACGAAUGCGUGGCUGAGGGCGGCUCAGACUGUGCUCCAGAGAAGCUCUGGCUUCAGAUCCCGUUCUUCUGUGGCCACAGCUCAGAAUGCUGGAAUGUGGGAAGCAGAUGGGCGAUGGACCAGGCUAAGUACAACCUGGUUAAUGAGUACUUCCUGGUGGGGGUCACUGAAGAGCUGGAAGACUUCAUCAUGCUCCUGGAGGCGGCUCUGCCCCGGUUCUUCAGGGGCGCCACGGACCUCUAUCGCACAGUAGGAAAGAAAUCUCACCUUAGGAAAACCACAGAAAAGAAACUGCCCACUAAACAGACCGUCGCGAAGCUACAGCAGUCCGACAUUUGGAAAAUGGAGAAUGAGUUCUAUGAGUUUGCCCUGGAGCAGUUUCAGUUCAUCAGAGCCCACGCAGUCCGUGAGAAAGAUGGAGACCUCUACAUCCUGGCCCAGAACUUUUUCUAUGAAAAGAUUUACCCUAAGUCGAACUGAGUGCAGGUGUGGCCAGAGCACUCUUGAUCUGGAACUUGACUCUGUGACCACCUUCUCAGCCCCACUGCACGGCCGAUGCGUGUGUGAGCUGCCCAUGAAGCUAAGCCAGGGGCAGACUUGAUGUCAGGAGAGGAGAUGCUGGCGGCCGUCAGAGGUCAAGGAGAGUUCGACUCUCGGGCAGUUCACUCUCUCGUUUUGUUCCCAUUUUCAUGAUAGUUACACUCUCCUCCGGGGGCAGGGAGGGGCCUCGCAUUGCCUACAACACAUCCGUGGAGGUUAGUGGGAAGGCGAGUACCAUUCCAGAAGAGGUUCUGCUUCUCUUGCUUUUGAUGAGGCUUUCCUCACCUCUCCUUGAAUGAAGAUGAAUCCGUUUGCCACUUACCCUUCUGGAGUUUGUGUCUCCACCUCUACUGAAUAGUGCUAAUAACUGUUUGGCAGUGUCUGAUUUAUUUUUAUGAAUCAUGUCUCACAAAGUUUAUUAGAAUGUUUGAUCACUUUUUCUCAGAACAUUUCUGCUGCAGUUGGGUUUGCCCAUAUUUAUGUAGGCUCUAUUUUAUUUUAUGAUCAUUAGUAUUAAAGAGAUCAACUGAAAACCAUGAAUAAUGCUGUAAAAAGGUAGAAAGAGUUAAAGAAGCAGUAUUCCUGACUCCUGCCACCCCGGUAUCUAAUAUUGGGUUAAUAUUUCUAAGAGUGUGGACGUUAUCUGAGCUUUUUUUAAGGAUUUCCACAUAUCAAUAUCAAAAAAAAAAAAGUGAGUUUAAUACCUGUCUCUCCAUGGCUUAUCUGUAACCCUGUACACUGACGUCUCGGUGACUCCACAUGGCGACUCCAUCAGUGAGCUGUGAUGUGGGUAGGAUUUGCCUACUUCUGUACUUUUACCUGUAGACUAUUUUUACUACGGUGCUUUAUAAUGUGUUUUAAAGCAUUGCAUUUACAAAAGAAAAAAGGAAAAUGCUGUAAAUAUUGCAUAUUUUAUGUAUUUGGACCAAAAAGUUACAAGUAAGUAGACAAAAGUGGUUUUGCACCAAUUUUACUAUGUUGAGUAAAGUCAUCAGACCUGCUAUUCUUGUAUUUCUCAUUUAGCGGUACUGUUAUGGUGUCACUAAGAUGAGCUGACGUAGCCUCUUGAUUUUGAUGGAGAACGUUGCUCGCCCCUGAGGCAAUAGUGAUCAUGGGAAGAGUACUAGAGUCUGAGCAUUACCUCUGGUGCCAGCUCUGGACCUUCCAGCUGUGUGAUGUUAGUCAGCUCACCUGACCUCUGUCUGCCUCAGCUUCCUCAUCUCGAGAUCGGGAUACCUGCUGUACCUACCUCACAGGGCUGUUGUGAGGACUAAGGAAGACGGCAUGGCAGAGAGCACUGUGAAAGUGUGGUGUGGUGUUCAAGUGUGAGGUCUUAUCACAGACGUAUCUCUAGCCUAUGGUUCCAUAGCCUUCAUUCUUUUUAACAACAAAAAGGGAAAAUCCACUUUUAAGCUUUAUAAGGAAAAAGAAAACCCUUUCUCUUGAUAAAAAUUUGUGUUUGAUAAAUAUCCUCUCAGUGUUUUAUCUUCCGUGCUUCAGCAACUGUUGAAAUGUGAACCCCUUGUGAGCUUUCGCGACUCGGGCUCCUCGUUAGCAGAUGAGGAAGAGCGGGAAAGCCUUCUGCAAACCUGAAAGAUUGUUCUUGUUUUUAUCUGACUCUGUCAUCCAAGAAUGGUGGCUAUCUUACAGCUGUGCUUGUGAAAGUGUAUUUUGUAGAGUUUCAUUUCUCUAUUAAUUCUCCACCUUCCCCCUCUUCACAUCCAGAAUUCCGAUUCCUCUCAGACACACUUUUCUAAAGGAGUAAUUAUUUGUAUGUUUAAAUAUUUCUAAGCAGGACCUCAUCAAACAAAGCAUUUUCAACAGAAAGCUUUAAAGUAUGUAUUGUGUAGUAAGGGGAGUGGAGAACACCGUAUAUCAGGACGCACUUACAGAGAUUAAAGGAAAGACUGAGUCACCAGCCCCGCCAAGAUGAAGGUAUUAAGAGGACAUAGCAACAUCCUCUCUCUCUCCCUCCUUCCCAGUGAAAGUUUCCAGGUUCCUGCUAAAAACAAGUUGUUUUCUUGCCCAUCGCUCAAGAGCCUUGUCGAGGCAGGCCUCUGGCUGUUGAGUAAAUCUGAGGUUAUUCUUGAGAGUUCACAGCUAAACUCUUAGGUAGUCAGGGCAGCACUUAGAACACCGACUGGGACUUUGUGUAAAUUGUUCUCAUUAAAGACCAGAGUGCAUAAGUCAGGGCUCUGUGCAGCCACUCAACUCUUAGUGGUGCAAAGACGCUGUCACAGAAAAAGUAGAAACAAAGGACCAUGGGUAUAGCUUAGUGAGACCUUUAUUUACGAAACAGAUGACUUGCUAGAUGCAGACCAUGAGCUGCAAGCCCUCGCCUGGGGGAUCGGCACGGAGAAGCCAUGUCUGAUCUGAACCAAGUUCCCCCAAGAGUUUCUCUACCUCCCAAGUCUCCCAGAUUACGACCCCAACAGCUGCUUUCUGACCCAGUCUCUGCCGAGUUCCUCCUUCUAUCUUACGUACACUGCUUUCAGGCGACUCGUUUUCCUAGCUCACGGGUGCAAAAUUGGGACAUAUUUAUUUCUUUUAACGCUUUUUGGAGUGAAUGAAUUCAAAGUGUCCUUUCUGAAGAUGAAGAAAAGGGUAGGUUUUCCUCUGUAAGAGUCCUUAGAGCAUAUAAAUUUAUAAUCAAAUAAAUAGAACCACUGAGA